AUGUUUUCUCUCUCCUCCAGGUUGGCCACGGAGGACAACCUCCCUCCAGGCGAGGACGCUCUGGGAAUUUCUCAUCAAGAACUCCACACACUCUCUCUACAGUACAUCAACUCAUCCUUGGAAGCUUGCACUAGUCACGCUCCCCCUCUGUGCCUGCUCCAAGCCAUCACAUUAGCGGGUUUCUAUAAGCUCGUCAAUGGAGUAUACGGGCCGGCUUGGAGGCUGGUUGGUACCGGGGUGCGUAUUGCAUACGAGCUGCGACUACACUUGAUCGAUUCCAAAGGAUAUGAGAAAGAGCCCACCCGCGAUAGCGAACUCAUGAUAUGGUCCUCGGACGAAGAGCGGCGUCGUUGCUGGUGGGCUUUAUGGGAAAUGGAUAUCUUUUCCUCGACAAUCCAGCGUGCACCUACUGCCAUUGAUUGGAGCGCAAACGAAACAUUCCUUCCAGUUGCCGACGAAUACUGGUUUACAAACACCUAUCAGGCCUCCUGCCUCCUGCUUGGCAGUCCCCAAGAACGGUGGAAGAGACUCAAGCAAUCGGGGAAUGAAAGCUCCACUGCAUGGGCACAUCUCCUGGGGUCUCUGAUGCAUGAUGGGCGGCUACUGUGCCAGGAAAGCAUCAAAGGAAUCACCUCGAAUAUUGACCUGCCAAACGAUGUUCCACGACUUGCACAGUAUUACAGUCAGGCCUACAGACUCAAAACACAAGGAUUCUCGGAUCGGCUUUACAGUCUCGUCAAAGCAUAUCAGGAUGUAAGAGAGAACCUUCCCAGCAUGCUGGCCUAUCGGGAUGAACACCUAUCUUUUGCCUUGACUGAUGGGGAUGAUCCUUAUUCAACGCUUCGAACGAGCGCAGGCAAAUACUCUGUGCAAAUGAUGAGCGCCUCGGCAUGCUUUAUGAUUUAUCAGAAUUAUGUUUUUGCGGAUAUCAUCGAAGGGCUGAGCCCCCUGUCGUCUUCCCAAGCUGGCCACGAAGAAUCAGGCAGAGAUACUACAUCCAACGAAAGGUCUCUACUCGGCAAAGGGUUCAAAAACUAUCUGGAAACAAGCGACAUGGUCCUGCGGCUCCUAUCAAAUUGUCCCGAAGACCAUGUUCGUUAUGUGAACCCCUAUUACGCCAGUACUACGUGGAUCGCUGCAGCAUUACAAGUAUUCAAGAGAUUUACCUUGCGCGAUCAUGACUCGACUGUUACACAACGUCAGUAUGACCUCCUGCGCCGGUCAUAUCUUCAAUUCAAUCAGUUUUGGGACACACCAAGUGCCCUGCUGCAAAAUCUCGAUUCUCUCGAAGCAAGACUCGAUUGCCGACACAGAGAACUCGACCUACAGGAUAGCAGCGCCAGGACUACUCAGAUUGAUGAUCAACAGUGUCAUGGUGACACCCCUUCUUUCGCAAGCACGGAAACCAUGAUGGCUUCUGUGUCAGAGGAACAACUUCUCCCCACCUGGUCAGCAUUGAAGGGCUCUUUGUGCAACACAUCUCAGCCAUCAAUUAGUGAUCCAAACGCCGGCUACCCUGUGCUAAUGCCUGACGACGUGGAACUGCCAUCUGGUAUGGGCACGAAGUUUGACUCUUCGUUAAGUCAAGGGACUUUCUCGGAAGCAUACCCGGAUCCCUGGCCAAACGAUUUAUUUCUGGACAAUCUUGUGUGGUAUUCAUCAGAUGUGAUGGCGGGCCUCUCUCACGGGUAUACUGCAUGA